AUGAAUUUAAUUUUGCUGAUAUUGUGUUUAGUUUUGUUAACUUUGCUGGGAACUUAUUAUCUGUGGUCGCGUCGUGAGUUUUAUAAGUUUUUUGCGAAAUUUCCAGGUCCUCUAGGGUAUCCCCUAAUCGGAAUAGCGCACAAGCUGCGGCAUAAGGAAGGCUUGCUUAACCUGCUUGGUUCUUACAUCAAGGGUUACGGCACUACUUUAGUCACUUGGCUGGGUCCAUUACCUUUGCUAAUUGUCAGCGAUCCUCAAGUGACGCAGGAUAUACUAAAUUCCCCGCAUUGUGUGAACAAAAGUUUACCUUAUAAGAUCUUCGACGAUGCUGUGGGCAAGGGCUUAUUAAACAUGAAAGAUCCUCUUUGGACUGAACAUAGAAAAAUGCUGAAUCCCGCAUUUGGUCACAAGGUUUUGCUUAGUUUUUUGCCCAUUUUCAAUGACGAGACGGCAAUAUUAUUAAAAGAGUUUGAUAAAAUGGCCGAUGGCAGGGAGAUGGAUAUACUGCCUUGCCUGCAACAUUUUACAUUAAGCAUAGCUACGCAAACCACAAUGGGCACUUGUGUUAAGGAAGAACCGAGCUUUAAGAACAGUUCCCUAAUGGCACAUUAUGAAUGGCUGCAGGAAUGCGUGACAGACACUAUCCUAUCCCCAUGGCUCAAUAUACGAAUUGUACGGCAAUUUCUGGGCAAAGAGGAGCAUUAUUUCAGUGCAAAAACAGAAAUCAAAUCGUUUAUCGGAAAGAUGGUGGAAAAGAAACUCUCUCAAGACAUUCAGGACGAGACAACAGGCAAUAAGAAUUCUUUUCUCAAUUUGGCAAUUGAACUUCUCAAACGCGGCAGCUUUGACAGACAGAAUGUUGAAGAUGAGGCCAAUAUAUUGGUGGUUGGCGCCUUUGAGACAUCUUCCAAGACGCUGGCUAAUACGCUCAUGCUGCUGGCCAUGUUUCCCGAGUACCAGGACAAGGUAUUUGAGGAAAUCCAAGCGCUCUUUCCCAAAGCUGGCGAUUUUUCAGUUAGUUACGAGGAUACCCAACAAAUGGUUUACUUGGAUCUCGUUUUGCGUGAGUGCAUGCGCCUCAUAGCGCCUGUUCCGCUUGUAGCACGGCAAACAUCGAAGACUGUGCGGCUAUCAAAUGGCGUUUGUAUACCCAAAGGCAUGCAAAUUGUCAUUGACAUAUUUCAUAUGCAACGCAGCAAGGAUAUAUGGGGACCAGACGCGGAUUCCUUUAAUCCCGAGCACUUUCUGCCACAUAACUUUCAGGAAAAGCAUCCGUAUGCUUUUAUACCUUUCACGAAGGGUGUGCGCAGCUGCAUAGGUGCGAGGCUGGCGUUAUGGUAUUUUAUCUAUUAA